AUGCCACGUUUCACGCGCUCACGGAAGAUCCGUCGGCUCCGCGUUUGGUCACCUGCACCAGCGACGAGCGCGUCGUUCAUGCAUGUCACUUUGGCGAUGACGACCGACCCGCACUUACGCGAGCAGUACGACCAGCUCAGCCUACGAGAACGCCUGCUCAUCUCUCAGGCGGUGUAUGAGCUGGGUGUGGGCGACCUGAAUGCUGUGGCCAAGCUGGUUAGGGAUCAUCCGCUUGUCAACCGGCCGGAGUUCUUCACCCCCGAAGCGUGCGGGACGUACUAUGCCCAGUUGAUGGUUGAUCUGGGAGAGGAUACUGCAGAUGUGAAGAAUCCGGUAACGGCUGUACACGCACCAAUCCACCUCAAACUCGCCCGAAAGCUCUGGACUGCCCGUGUGGCAGAAUUACGCACGCAAAUCCAUCAAAAGGAGGAAGACUUCCACAGGCUGUUUCAGGAGAUAGAAGAUAUCCGUGCUGGCAAAUGGGAUGAGAGGAUCGUCAGUGAGCUGAGGGAGAAGGGGAAGUUAACUGCCGCGGGGGAUGAUGAACUUGCAGCGGAGAAAGAGGAUGCACAGGAGCAGCCAGAGGUCCAGCUUGAUACUAUGGUCAAGGAACAUGACGAAGAGCCAGAAGCUGCGGUCGAAGAACCGGUCGUCCAUCUGGAGGAAGAUGUCGAAAUGGCCGAUAUGACCGCCGAAGAAGCUGCUGAAGAGUUUGCAGAAGCUGAGGCUGAGGCUGAGCCAGAGCGCGAAGCUGAACCGGAAGCUGAAACAGAAGCAGAAGCGGACGUAGAAGCAGAAGCAGAAACUGAAGCACCCGAAGAACCACACACAGCGGAAGAAGUGGACAUGGGUGAACCUGAAGAGAUGCCGACCGAGGAAGCCGAACCUGAAGUGGAGGAAGAAGCUGCUGGGCUUCGUGAGGAGAGCUCCCCGGCUGAAGAGACGCCGUUGCUGGAGGCUAGCGAGCCUGAGCCUGAACCUGAACCUGAACCUGCGGAACCCGACCAUGAAACUGAACCUGAACCGGAGCCGGAGCCGGAGCCAUCGCAUCCUCGUCGACGUGGACUCCGCUCACGAAAAUCGACGCCCGCACCCGGAUUGUUCACCGUCGGUUCACCUAGGACACGUCCCCAUGAUCGUGUUUCACCCUUUCAUGAAGAAGAUAUCGCCGUUCGCGCAUCCCAUGAGACGGAGCAGGAUGGCUCUCCUCCAAACGCGGAGGAGGCCGAAACUGGUGCCUCGGUUGCCGACGAGACACGCUCAGAACGAGAGAAGAGCGUGAAGCGCGAAUCGACGGUAGAGAUGGAUACGGAGCCUUCGCUCCCUUCACAGCGGCGCUCCCGAAGCGGACGGUUCAGCAAACGCAAGGUUUCGGAGAGUGGCCUGGGAUCCCCUGUAGAGAUCGAGCUCGAGCCACCUGCAAAACGCAGGCGGAAGAGGAGCGAGUCCUUCGCCAGCACAGUGGAAAAGUCUUCCCCAGCCCCUGUUGUGCCCCUCCCCCCGCAAGCGCCGAUGACCCCCGGACAAGCAAGUGCGAACCUAAAGCGGUUCCAGGCGAUGAUUGGCCCUUUGCUGACGCAGAUCAUGGCCCAUCGGAACGGGAACGUGUUCAACAACCCUGUUACGGAGAGCGACGCGCCCGGGUACAGGGAAACAGUCAGGCGGCCCAUGGACUUGAAGACGAUCAAAGCGCGUAUCCGGGAUGGUCAAAUAACCAACUCGCAAGAGUUUCGGAGGGAUGUCUACCUCAUGUUUGCCAAUGCGCUGAUGUUUAACCCCCCUGGGUCGGAUGUUGCGAAAAUGGCGAGGGAGAUGAUGAAAUUUAGUGACGGUGUGAUCAGGGACUUUCUUAUGACGGAGGAGCUUGUUGGGAUUAGUAUCUGA